AUGGCCAAUAACUAUGAGGUUGGGACUGCUGCGUGGCAGCCCGACCCGACGGAGGGCUGGGUUGCUUCGGAGGUCAAGGAGAAGAAUGUCGAUGGGGACAAAGUGACGCUUGUCUUCUUGUUGGAGAACGGAGAGUCCAAAACCGUCGAGACAACUGUAGCAGAGUUGCAAGUACCGAAUAACCCGUCGCUGCCACCUUUGAUGAACCCGGCGAUGCUCGAGGCGAGCGAGGAUCUUACGAAUCUAUCACAUCUCAAUGAGCCUGCCGUUCUGCAAGCUAUCAAGUUGCGAUACUCACAGAAAGAAAUCUAUACGUACAGCGGUAUUGUGUUAAUCGCGACAAAUCCCUUUGCCCGCGUGGACUCGCUCUAUGUUCCUCAGAUGGUUCAAGUUUAUGCUGGAAAGCAACGUGCUUCCCAGGCUCCGCAUCUCUUUGCUAUUGCCGAAGAAGCUUUUGCGGAUAUGUUGCGGGACGGAAAGAACCAGACCAUCGUUGUAUCCGGCGAGUCUGGAGCUGGAAAGACUGUUAGUGCCAAGUAUAUCAUGAGAUACUUUGCUACGAGAGACUUCUCAGACCAGCCUGGCCGGUUCACGACAGGUCGCUCAGAGACAAUCAGUAAGACUGAGGAACAGAUUUUGGCUACAAACCCCGUUAUGGAAGCCUUCGGUAACGCAAAGACUACGAGAAACGACAAUUCGUCGCGAUUUGGAAAAUACAUUGAGAUCAUGUUUGAUGACAAGACCAAUAUUAUUGGUGCCAAGAUACGAACCUACCUGCUGGAACGCUCGAGGCUUGUUUUUCAGCCACUGAAGGAAAGAAAUUACCAUAUAUUCUAUCAACUAGUCGUUGGUGCCACAGACACUGAGCGUGAGACGCUCGGACUUACUUCCGUGGAAGACUUUGAUUACCUGAACCAAGGAUCUACGCCUACAAUCGACGGUGUUGAUGACAGGGCCGAAUUCGAGGCUACCAAGAAAUCAUUGACCACUAUUGGUGUUCCGGAGGAGACUCAAACCUCUAUAUUCAAGAUUCUCGCGUCUCUUCUUCAUUUGGGAAAUGUGAAAAUCACCGCAACCCGUACUGAUUCCACACUAUCCCCAACUGAACCAUCUCUCGUGCGGGCUUGUGAGAUGUUGGGCAUUGACGUCAACGAGUUCGCAAAAUGGAUUGUGAAGAAACAGCUCAUCACCCGUGGUGAGAAGAUUACGUCCAAUCUCACCCAACAACAAGCCGUGGUUGUGCGAGACUCCGUGGCUAAAUUCAUAUACUCGAGUCUGUUCGAUUGGCUAGUCGACAAGAUCAACCGAGCUCUAGCCACUGACGAAGUCAUGAGCCAAGUAAAAUCCUUCAUUGGUGUUUUGGAUAUCUACGGUUUUGAACAUUUCGCAAAGAACUCUUUUGAACAGUUCUGCAUCAACUAUGCAAACGAGAAGUUGCAGCAAGAAUUCAAUCAACACGUCUUCAAAUUGGAACAGGAGGAGUACGUGCGUGAGCAGAUCGACUGGACUUUUAUCGAUUUUUCCGACAAUCAACCCUGUAUCGACUUGAUCGAAGGCAAGCUUGGUAUUCUUUCUCUUCUUGACGAGGAGUCUCGUCUACCAAUGGGUUCUGAUGAUCAAUUCGUGACCAAACUUCACCACAACUUCGCAGCGGAUAAGCAAAAGUUCUACAAGAAACCUCGGUUUGGAAAGUCCGCGUUCACCGUCUGCCAUUAUGCUAUCGAUGUCACCUAUGAAUCGGAGGGUUUCAUUGAGAAGAACAGAGAUACCGUGCCUGACGAGCAUAUGGAGAUCCUGAGAAAUUCUACCAAUUCUUUUGUGAAAGAAGUUCUUGAGGCUGCCUCUGUCGUCCGCGAGAAGGAUUCCGCAUCGAUUGCUUCCAAGCCUGUUACUGCUCCUGGCCGACGUGUUGGUGUCGCAGUGAACAGGAAACCGACAUUGGGAGGAAUCUUCAAGUCAUCCCUUAUUGAACUCAUGAAUACAAUCAAUUCCACAGAUGUCCACUAUAUCCGCUGUAUCAAGCCGAACGAAGCCAAGGAAGCCUGGAAGUUCGAGGGUCCCAUGGUUCUGAGCCAACUUCGAGCCUGUGGUGUCCUUGAAACCGUGCGAAUCAGUACUGCCGGCUAUCCCACGCGAUGGACCUACGAAGAGUUUGCGCUCCGAUACUAUAUGCUCUGCCAUUCUUCUCAAUGGACCUCUGAAAUCAAAGAAAUGUGUCAUGCAAUAUUGCGGAAGGCACUCGGAGAUAUAAGCCAACAAAAACAGGACAAGUACCAGCUUGGUCUGACCAAGAUCUUUUUCCGGGCCGGUAUGCUUGCCUUUUUGGAAAACUUGAGAACUUCCAGACUUAAUGAGUGUGCCAUUAUGAUCCAGAAGAACCUCAAGUGCAAGUAUUAUAGACGUCGCUAUUUGGAGGCUCGCGAAUCUAUCUUGACAACACAAUCAGUCAUUCGAGGUUUCUUAGCGAGACAACGUGCCGAUGAGAUUCGUCAGAUCAAAGCAGCGACCACAAUUCAAAGAGUAUGGAGAGGUCAGAAACAACGAAAGGCGUACAACGAAAUCCGGGGCAAUAUCAUUCUCUUCGAGUCUAUUGCCAAGGGUUUUAUUCGACGACGGAACAUUAUGGACACUAUUCUCGGCGAUGCAGCGAAGAAGAUCCAGCGUGCAUGGCGCUCUUGGAGACAGCUGCGUGAUUGGAGACAGUACCGCCGAAAGGUUAUCAUUAUCCAGAACCUGUGGAGGGGAAAGAAAGCCCGGCGAGAUUAUAAAAAACUGCGUGAAGAAGCUCGUGAUCUCAAGCAGAUAUCCUACAAGCUUGAGAAUAAGGUUGUCGAACUGACCCAGUCACUGGGCACUUUGAAACGUGAAAACAAGACACUUGUAGGCCAGCUGGAGAAUUACGAGAAUCAGCUCAAAUCCUGGCGUAGCCGUCAUAAUGCCUUGGAGACACGCUCUAAGGAACUUCAAGCGGAAGCCAAUCAAGCCGGAAUCACAGCUGCUCGUCUUUCAGCCAUGGAGGAGGAGAUGGCCAAGCUUCAGCAAAAUCACACUGAAGCCUUAUCUACGAUCAAGCGUCUGCAAGAAGAGGAGAGGACGUCACGCGAAUCAAUUCGUGUCGCUGAUCUUGAGCUCAAGAAAUUGAGGGAAAUCAACUCAAUUCACGAGGAUGAAAACUCUUCUCUACGAAGUCAGUUGACAGAGCUUCAAGAGCAACUAGAACUCGCAAGGAAGUCCGCCCCUGUCAACGGCGUUUCUGGGGACCUGCAAAAUAGCACUAUUUCGCAGACACCUAUGAAUGGUCUCAUCAACCUUGUAUCGUCCAAGAAGUCCAAGCCCAAGCGCCGGAGUGCUGGGGCCGAGAAAAUAGAGACAGACCGGUUCAGUGGCGCGUAUAACCCUCGUCCAGUAUCUAUGGCGAUUCCCAACUCCGCCAUGGCGCGCCAGACUGUGUCGGGAGCAAGCUUCUCUCCUAGCGUUGACUCUAUUGAAAGCGAGCUAGAGAAUCUGCUAUCGGCAGAAGAGGAGUUGAACGAAGAAGUCACCAUGGGUCUCAUUCGCAAUCUGAAAAUCCCAGCCCCUGGAGCGAGUCCUCCGCCCACCGAGAAGGAAGUCCUAUUUCCUUCUUACCUUAUUAAUCUCGUCACAUCUGAAAUGUGGAACAACGGGUUUGUUAAGGAGUCGGAGCGUUUCCUGGCGAACGUCAUGCAGUCCAUUCAACAGGAAGUCAUGCAACACGACGGUGAGGAAGCCGUCAACCCUGGCGCUUUCUGGCUUUCGAAUGUUCACGAGAUGCUCUCGUUUGUAUUCUUGGCGGAAGAUUGGUAUGAGGCUCAGAAGACCGACAACUAUGAGUAUGACCGUCUUUUGGAGAUCGUCAAGCACGAUCUUGAGAGUCUUGAAUUCAACAUUUACCACACAUGGAUGAAAGUCCUCAAGAAAAAACUGUAUAAAAUGAUUGUGCCGGCUAUUAUUGAAUCUCAAUCUCUCCCUGGAUUUGUUACCAGUGAAACGAACCGAUUCUUGGGCAAGCUCUUGCCAUCGAACAACUCCCCCGCUUACAGCAUGGACAACCUUCUCAGUCUCUUGAACAAUGUUUUCAAGGCAAUGAAGGCUUACUAUCUCGAAGACUCUAUCAUCAAUCAGACCAUUACAGAACUUUUGCGACUUGUGGGUGUCACUGCUUUCAACGAUUUGCUCAUGCGACGAAAUUUCCUUUCUUGGAAGCGCGGUCUCCAAAUCAACUACAACAUCACUCGUAUCGAGGAAUGGUGCAAGAGUCAUGACAUGCCGGAGGGCACUCUUCAGUUGGAACAUCUAAUGCAAGCGACCAAGCUUCUUCAGCUUAAGAAGGCUACUUUGAAUGAUAUUGAGAUCAUUCAAGAUAUCUGCUGGAUGCUUUCGCCUACUCAAAUUCAGAAGCUCCUGAACCAGUAUCUCGUGGCGGAUUACGAGCAACCGAUCAACGGAGAGAUCAUGAAGGCUGUCGCAUCUCGUGUAACUGAGAAGAGUGAUGUCCUUCUUCUCACUGCAGUGGACAUGGAUGACAGCGGACCAUAUGAAAUUGCCGAGCCGCGAGUAAUCACGGCUUUGGAAACUUACACACCCUCAUGGCUGCAAACGCCUCGACUAAAACGUCUCGCAGAGAUAGUCUCUGCUCAAGCAAUGGCACAACAAGACAAGAUGGACGCCACAGAGAACGGUGCAACGACAGAUACUGAGUAUUAGCCUCUUUUUCCAUUUGAAAGCUCGCUCUAUGACCAGUUUACGACUUUGCUUUAUUCUCUCUUCCCCCCUUUGCCAACAUUUUCUUCUUCUUCGAUCUUCUGGCAUGUAAGUAUAACAAAAAUGUUGUUCACGCUUUUCUAUUCUCCGAUUUUCUCAGAUUCUGUUUUCUAGAGACGAAUUGCAGUUCUUGUUGGAUACAUGAGACUAUAUAUGUGUCCGAUCAUGUGUGUGUGGGUGGGUGAUGUGAUAUUGGAGAGCACCGGGUUGGUGUAUUGUAUUGUUCUUUUCUUCUUGAUUAGAGCAUUAUUUCAACGUACUAUCUUGAAAGAUAUGUAUGGACCAAGAUCUUAAUGAUUUGGACUUUAUACAAUAUUUAUUUGU